AUGCGUGGAACGUACGGUGUGGGUGGAGUGUACGGCGUGCGUGGAGCGUACGGCGUGGGUGGAAUGUACGGCGUGGGUGGAGCGUACGGCGUGCGUGGAGCGUACGGCAUGAGUGGAGCGUACGGCGUGCCUGGAGCGUACGGCGUGCCUGAAGCGUACGGCAUGAGUGGAGCGUACGGCGUGCCUGGAGCGUACGGCGUGCGUGGAGCGUUUGGCGUGCGUGGAGCGUACGCCGUGCCUGGAGCGUACGCCGUGCCUGGAGCGUACGCCGUGCCUGAAGCGUACGGCAUGAGUGGAGCGUACGGCGUGCCUGGAGCGUACGGCAUGAGUGGAGCGUACGGCGUGCCUGGAGCGUACGGCGUGCCUGGAGCGUACGGCGUGCGUGGAGCGUUUGGCGUGCGUGGAGCGUACGGCGUGCGUGGAGCGUACGGCGUGCCUGGAGCGUACGGCAUGAGUGGAGCGUACGGCGUGCCUGGAGCGUACGGCGUGCCUGGAGCGUACGGCGUGCCUGGAGCGUACGGCGUGCCUGAAGCGUACGGCAUGAGUGGAGCGUACGGCGUGCCUGGAGCGUACGGCGUGCGUGGAGCGUACGGCGUGCCUGGAGCGUACGGCGUGCGUGGAGCGUUUGGCGUGCGUGGAGCGUACGGCGUGCGUGGAGCGUACGGCGUGCCUGGAGCGUACGGCAUGAGUGGAGCGUACGGCGUGCCUGGAGCGUACGGCGUGCCUGGAGCGUACGGCGUGCCUGGAGCGUACGGCGUGCCUGAAGCGUACGGCAUGAGUGGAGCGUACGGCGUGCCUGGAGCGUACGGCGUGCGUGGAGCGUACGGCGUGCCUGGAGCGUACGGCGUGCGUGGAGCGUUUGGCGUGCGUGGAGCGUACGGCGUGCGUGGAGCGUUUGGCGUGCGUGGAGCGUACGGCGUGCGCGGAGAUUACGGCGUGCGUGGAGCGUUUGGCGUGCGUGGAGCGUACGGCGUGCCUGGAGCGUACGCCGUGCGUGGAGCGUACGGCGUGCCUGGAGCGUACGGCAUGAGUGGAGCGUACGGUGUGCCUGGAGCGUACGGCGUGCGUGGAGCGUUUGGCGUGCAUGGAGCGUACGCCGUGCCUGAAGCGUACGGCAUGAGUGGAGCAUACGGCGUGCCUGGAGCGUACGGCAUGAGUGGAGCAUACGGCGUGCCUGGAGCGUACGGCGUGCCUGGAGCGUACGCCGUGCGUGGAGCGUACGGCGUGCCUGGAGCGUACGGCGUGCCUGGAGCGUACGCCGUGCGUGGAGCGUACGGCAUGAGUGGAGCGUACGGCGUGCCUGGAGCGUACGGCGUGCGUGGAGCGUUUGGCGUGCAUGGAGCGUACGCCGUGCCUGAAGCGUACGGCAUGAGUGGAGCAUACGGCGUGCCUGGAGCGUACGGCAUGAGUGGAGCAUACGGCGUGCCUGGAGCGUACGGCGUGCCUGGAGCGUACGGCGUGCCUGGAGCGUACGCCGUGCGUGGAGCGUACGGCGUGCCUGGAGCGUACGGCGUGCCUGGAGCGUACGCCGUGCGUGGAGCGUACGGCGUGCCUGGAGCGUACGGCGUGCGUGGAGCGUUUGGCGUGCGUGGAGCGUACGGCGUGCGCGGAGAUUACGGCGUGCGUGGAGCGUUUGGCGUGCGUGGAGCGUACGGCGUGCCUGGAGCGUACGGCGUGCGUGGAGCGUACGGCGUGCCUGGAGCGUACGGCAUGAGUGGAGCGUACGGCGUGCCUGGAGCGUACGGCGUGCGUGGAGCGUUUGGCGUGCAUGGAGCGUACGCCGUGCCUGAAGCGUACGGCAUGAGUGGAGCAUACGGCGUGCCUGGAGCGUACGGCAUGAGUGGAGCAUACGGCGUGCCUGGAGCGUACGGCGUGCCUGGAGCGUACGCCGUGCGUGGAGCGUACGGCGUGCCUGGAGCGUACGGCGUGCCUGGAGCGUACGGCGUGCCUGGAGCGUACGCCGCGCGUGGAGCGUACGGCGUGCCUGGAGCGUACGGCGUGCCUGGAGCGUACGGCGUGCCUGGAGCGUACGGCGUGCCUGGAGCGUACGGCAUGAGUGGAGCGUACGCCGUGCGUGGAGCAUACGUGUGCGUGGAGGAACGUAGGUGCCAAACACGGCUUCCCAAAGUUGAAGUGAUGAGUUAA